CAUUAGCAAUAAUAAGUCAAAGUCAAGUUGUUUUCAUAAAUAUUGGUCUCUUGUGUUAUUAAUUAUUUAUAUUAUAAUUUAUAAAAAAAUGGCCUUUAUAUGUACAAUAUGCGACAAAGCAUAUUCAAAGCAGUGUAAUUUACGAAUGCAUGUGAAAAAAUUUCACCCAGAUCGUACAGAUGAGAUUGCUCCAAAUAAAAAAUAUACAAUUGCUGCUUUUUGUAAUGAAUGUGGCAAGUCAUUUUCCAAGUAUUCUAAUUUAACACAACAUGUCAGAAAAUUUCACCCUGGUAAGUAAAAGCAUUAGCUUUUUUGUUUAAUUCAGUAUAAAACAAAUAUUAGGUACCUUAUUUUUUAAAAACUUAAAUUUUUAAUUUUUACAGAUAAGGAGAAGGAAUUAACAAAAUCAAAAAGCUUCAAGUAUGAAUGUGAGAACUGCCAAAAACAUUUUAAUGAUAUUAAUAACUUUAAAAAGCACAAAAAAACCCACGAAAGCAGUGAUCCAAAAAAACAACAUAAGUGUAUAUUAUGUAAUGCCGAAGAACUAACAAAAUCUGAAAUACAUAGUCAUUUUAAAGUAGUUCAUGAAAUAGUAUUAACUUCAGAGGUUUUAAAGUUUCCUACAUGUGAUGACUUUCAUACAUGGAAAAAUCAAAUAGAAAGGACAACCCAGUCUUCUUUUAUUAAUGAACAUGGUUCUUACAAUACCAAAGACUACAAGAGAUUAAAAUAUGUAUGUCAUAGAUCAGGUCUUUUUAAAUCUCAAUCCAAAGGCUUACGUCAUUUAAAAACACAAGGUAGCCAUAAAAUUAAUGGUUAUUGCCCUGCCGAAAUAAUUGUAAAACUUUUGAAUGAUGGAACAUGUGAGGUGGAAUUUGUCGCUCAACACAUUGGGCAUAAUGAAAAUUUGGGACAUUUAAAUUUAAACCAAUCAGAAAAAGAAGAUUUGGCUGCCAAAAUUGCAUUAAAGGUCCCUUUUGAAUCAAUCCUUGAUGAAGUGAGGAAUUCUGUAAGUGGAUCUGAAAUUGACAGACUACAUCUUCUGAAAAAGAAAGAUUUGGCGAAUAUCCAAGCAUGUUUUAAUUUAAAUAAAGAGUCAAUUAGACAUGUACAAGAUGCUGUAAGUGUUGAAGCAUGGAUCAAAGAAGUUGAAAAUAGUGGUUGUGUGUUAUUCUACAAGCCUCAAGACACUUUAUCUGAAGAUUACGAAGAAUUAAAAGAAACAGAUUUUAUUUUAAUAAUAAUGAAUAAGGCACAGAGAGAAAUGUUAGAAAAAUAUGGUAGCGAUUGUAUCUGUAUCGAUGGAACGCAUGGGCUAAAUUCUUAUGAAUUUGAACUGAUAACAUUACUUAUUCUAGAUGAUAUGCGCGAAGGCUUUCCAUGUGCGUUUUGUAUAUCUAACAGAACUGAUGAAGUGGCGAUGAAAAUUUUUUUUUCCUGUAUUAAAGAAAAGUUAGGCACAAAUGUACAGUCUAACGUAUUCAUGUCCGAUAUGGCCCAGUCAUUUUACAAUGCCUGGGUACAAGUAAUGGGUCCAGUAGAAUUGAGAUUAUUCUGCUCUUGGCAUGUUGACCGAGCCUGGCGCAAAAAUUUAAAUAAAGUGAAAUCCAAGGAUAAACAGGUUGAAGUGUACAAACAGUUGCGGACAUUACUCCAGGAAAGAGACAUAAAUUGUUUUCAUCAGAUGUGCCAUAAUUUUGUAACCUCACUGUUGGCUAAUAGUGACACAUUAGAUUUUGGGGUAUACUUUCAAGAACAGUAUUUAAAAAAUGUUAAUGAGUGGGCCUAUUGCUACCGUAUACACAGUGGGAUUAACACCAACAUGCACUUAGAAAGCAUGCACCGAACAUUGAAAUAUAUCUACCUGAAUGGUAAAGUUGUGCAACGGUUAGAUAAAUGCAUACACAUUCUAAUGAAAUUUGUACGCGACAAAAUAUUUGAAAGGGUAAUUGUGAUCCAUAAAGGCAAAAUUUCAACAAAAAUUAGGAAUUUACGUUCAAGACAUAAGGCUAGUUUAACUUUGGACGAAAAUAUGGUACUGGAAACUAGUUCGGGUUGGCAAGUGCAGUCAUCGUCAUCCAGUGAAGUAUAUACAGUUGAAAAAAAGGAAUGUAAUAAUUGUAAAUGUAAAUUAAUUUGCUCUGACUGCAAAGCAUGUCUCCACCAAUACACAUGUACUUGUCUUGAAUCAAGUAUAAAGUGGAACAUGUGCAAACAUAUUCAUUUGGUUUGCAGAAUAUUGAACAAACAUCAAAUUACAACAGAAGAAAACCCUGAUUUAAUGACACAAGAAUUAGAUAAUGCGUUAUUGGUCAGUGAGGAUGUUCAUGACAAUGAAGAACGUAAAUUAAUUGAAACUUUAAUAUCGAAGAAAAAAGAAAUUGGGAGUUCACUUGAUGAUAAAAAAGUUCAAGUAAAAGCAGAGUUAAUAAGUAUUAUUGAUAGUAUUACAUCUAAUGAACAACUGGAAGCAUUACAGAGAUUGAUGGCUCCUAUACGACCAACCCUGGCUGCCAUUGAGAAACAGCAUAUACAAUGUACAUCUUGGAAAAGUUGUCAUAACUUACCAAAGAAUAAAAAUAUUCCACAGCAAAGACGUCUGUAUAAGACAAAAAAAUCAAAUAUAAAAAAAAAUAAAAUACUUGCAAAACCAGGCUCUGAAGAAUCAAAUAGAAUUGCCCAAAAUCUUUUGUAUCCAGUGUGAAGUUUUGAAUGACUUAUAAUUUAAUGUUGUUUUUAUUUUCAAAUAAACACA